AUGGGGUCACUCGGCGGAAGCAGCAGAACAAAUGGCCAGCAGCCUCAAACAGGCAUUAACAAUGCCACAACAGCCGACGUGAUCGUCGUGGGAGCAGGCCCUGUUGGCUUGAUACUGGCGCUCAAGCUGGGUAUUCAAGGCAUCUCGACCAUCGUGAUCGAGAAGCACGCGGGAAUUCUCAGGGCGCCUCGAGCGAUCGCAUACAUGCCGGUGGUGAACAAGCAAUUAAAGGCAAUGGGCAUGCUGGAGCCACUCGCGAAGCGCUCGUACCAGAGCCGCUUUGGACCAAGCUGGCGUCCAGUGCAGGGCGAGGCCUACGUGGAAUGUCAUCCGAAAGAGAAAGUCGAACAGCUCCUAAAAGCCGGUGUGAAAUUACCACCACCACCACCCGAAGACGAGAGUUGUCUGUACAUGAUAGGUCAGGACGAUUUCUCCGACCUCAUUCUUGAACAAAUUCAGCAACGAUGCCCCGAACACGUCAGUGUUCGCUUCCAGCGACCUUGCAUUGGCAUCAACAACGUACCUGGAGGCGUCGAAGUCAUGACUACAGACAAGGUUCCAGGAAUCCACCAAUACAACGACAUUGUCCUAACUGCAAAGUAUGUCGUUGGCUGCGAUGGGGCCCAGAGCGCUGUCCGACAGUAUGCUUGUAUUCCUUUCGAGGGUUUCACCUGGACCAACUUCAGAUUCACAGCCGCGGACGUAGAAUACGACUUUCAGAAAGAGAAGAACUACUUCCCGGGGGGCAACUUUAUAGUCGACCCAAACGACUGGGCCCUGAUCGCCCGGACCGGCCCAGAAACAGUCUUCAGAGUCUGUUACGGAGAGAAACCUGAUCUUCCAGAUGACGAAGCAAGUAUGCUGGAACGGUCGAAGCAACGGAUUCCAGCGUUUCUGUCUCCCACGAACAAAGACUAUAAGCUACGGCGACUUAAGCCUUAUUGGGCACAGCAGAGGUGUGCACAGACCUUUCAGAAAGGACGUAUUCUGCUUAUAGGGGAUGCCGCUCAUCCAGAAGAUAUCAUCUCUCGCGCUCUGGAGAGCAGGCGCAAGGCUUGGCUCGAGGUGGCCAAUCCUACGUCAACAGCCAACUACCUCCGGCUGUGCUCUACGGACAAGGACAUCUCCGCGACGCGCACCGAGUUCUUUCGGAAAAUGAACACAGAUCCUGCGUUCGCUUUGGGCGCCAUGGCAGAGCAGUAUAAACUGCUGCCGGACACGUUUGAGGGAUAG